UCUUCGAGAUGAACCCACCAUCUGCCAGCCACGCCGGAGGAGUCUGGGAGCGGCAAAUUCGUAGUGUGCGAAAUGUCCUGAAGCCGCUCCUUUUGGAAGCUGGUCACCAACUAGACGAUGAAAGCUUUCGAACGCUGUUGAAAGAAGUUCAAGCCAUUGUUAACUCCAGGCCUUUGACAAGUACCAGCUCGCACGAUAUGGAACCAUUGACUCCCAACCAUCUGUUGACAAUGAAGUCUAAGGUGUUGAUGCCUCCUCCAGGUGAGUUCCAGAAAGCUGRUCUGUAUUGUCGUAAGAGAUGGAGGAGGGUACAACACCUAGCUAAURAGUUCUGGAAGAAGUGGAGACGAGAGUAUCUACAAACCCUACAAGUACGGCCAAAAUGGAACAAACCAUCCAGAAACUUACAGGCUGGUGACAUCGUCAUCAUCAAAGAUGACAACCUACCAAGAUGCGAGUGGAAGCUUGCCAGAGUAUUAGAGGCUCUACCAAGUGAUGACGGGUUAGUACGCAAGGURCGCCUCGCUGUAGCCACCGCACACCUUGACAACAMAGGCAAGCGCAAGAAGGAUCUCACAGUGAUGGAACGUCCCGUYCAGAAAUUAGUAGUACUCCAACAUGCAGAGUGAAGACCGGGAUUCCCCAUCGAGGGAGCCACAAGAUAAGAACUAUGAAUACAUAUUAACAUGAACACUUUUUUGCAAUUGCUAGCACUGUUAGCCAUAGUGAUUAUAUAUAUAUAUAUAUAUACCUGAUUUGAGUGACAGCGGAUAUCCCACUGUGGGGAGCCAUGUGACUGACGUCAUGAGUUUUAUCGGAAAUGAUUAUUGAAAGACAUAUAUGUUUACAUAGAACAAAGACCAAUUGAUUCAUGUAAUAAUUUAAUAAUUAACCUGUCAUAUGAGUUAAGUAAGUGGACACGAGCCACGUUUAGCAUAGUUCAAGUUUGCAAGCAGCUAGACAAGUUUUACGAUUGAUUUAACGACAAAGAUUAAAAGAGAUCAAGGGAUCUAAAGUGUCUAGUCCGAUCGAUCCGUAAAAUAGCCUAGCCAUAACUGAGACAGUUA